AUGAAUUUGUUGUACACUACUCUCAUAACAUUAACUUUAUUAACCACUAUACGAUGUACAAAAAGUUACUCCCAUUAUAAAAUUAUUAGAUGUUCCAAAGAUUUCCCCCUACAAAGGGUAGAUAGAGAUGAUUAUGAAAUUUGGAGUAAGAAUUCUAAAUUUAUAGAUUUGAUGGUUUGGAAAAAUCAAGAUUUUAAAGAAUGUGACUUACUCAUUGAAGAUUUGGAUGAAGCUAUUAAGGAAUCUUACCCGAAAAAUGAAGAUCAUCUACAAGAAUUAUAUUUAAAUAUACUAAAUUCACCUUCAGAUAUCGAUGAUAAAAAUCAAAUAAAUUUUGAAACUUUUAAAAUGGCGCCCGAUUUAUUUUUCAGAAAUUAUAGACCUUUGAACGUGAUCGAUUUAUGGAUUAGAUUAUUAAAUAAUACAUUCCCAGAACUUGUCACAAUAGAAAGAAUCGGUAGAACUCAUGAAGGUAGACCUCUAGAGGCAAUUCAUAUUUCGUCAAAUAAUCCAGAACUGAAUCCAGAAAGGAAAACAAUUGUUAUUACAGGUGGGAUCCAUUCACGUGAAUGGGUCAGUAUUUCUUCAGUUUGUUAUAUCAUGUAUCAAUUAUUAACAAGAUAUGGACUCAAAGAAAAUGAGAAAUUAACAAGAGAAACGAAUUAUUUAGAUUCCUUAGAUUUUUUAUUUAUCCCAGUUUUCAAUCCAGAUGGCUAUGAAUAUACUUGGACUACUGAUCGUCUUUGGAGGAAAAAUCGUCAAUUAACCCCAAUUGAACAAUGCCAGGGGAUAGAUAUUGAUCAUUCUUUUAAUUUCCAUUGGGAAACCGGUAACACAUCUCCUUGCAAUGAAGAUUAUAGUGGUAUUGAACCUAUGGAAGCUAUGGAAGCUUAUUCUUUGAAUCAAUACCUAAUUACGAAGAAAAAGGAUUAUAAAGUUUACGGAUAUAUAGAUUUCCAUUCAUAUUCCCAAGAGAUUCUUUAUCCAUACGCUUAUUCUUGUGAUUCAUUACCAAGAGAUUUCGAGAAUUUAUUAGAACUAUCGUAUGGGAUUUCAAGAGCCAUCCAUCUAACUACAAAGAAGAAAUAUAAUGUAGUGGCUGCUUGUGAAGAUAGAGGAAGUGAUAUUUUACCUGGGAUGGGAUCAGGAAGUGCAUUGGAUUUUAUGUAUCAUAAUAGAGCAUUUUGGGCAUUCCAAAUCAAAUUAAGAGAUAAUGGGAAUUAUGGGUUUUUAUUACCUGCCAAGUUCAUUGAAUCGGUCGGUAAGGAUGCAUAUGCUGCUGUGAAAUACUUUUGUGAGUUUAUAUUAAAUCCUGAUUUAUAG